AUGAUAAAUAAUUUAUUAUCAGUUCCAGGAGCAUUAACAUUGUACACUGUUACAUGUGGAGUUGACACGUUAUUUUCAUUUUAUGUAUUUCAAAUGACGAGUAAGCUACGUAUUAUGUCAGAUGAAAUGAAAAAUUUAGAUAUUAAUAAUUAUUAUCAUACAAUACGUGAUUGUUUGAUUAAUUAUGAAAGCUUAAUUAAAUGUCGUAGUAUUAUUGAAACUAUUUAUGGACCAAUUAUUUUGUGGACUAUAACAACAAAUGCUGUAGUAUUGUGUGCACUUAUAUUUCAAUUAUCACGUCUGGACUCAAUAACUAUUGAAUCACUUUUGAGAUUUUUAAUUUAUAGUGCAUCAAAAAUAACACAAACAUUUUUGUAUGGAUGGUCUGGAACAGCAUUAACAUCACAAAGUGAAAUUUUUUUUGACGCUGUUUAUUCAUGUAAAUGGACUGAUUGUGAUAAAAAACAACUAAAAACCUCAGUACUUUUAUUGUUAUGCCAAAAACCAAUUGUCAUUGUGGCUUGUAGUAUUUCCACCGUCUCUGUUGACAUGUUUAUCAUGGUACUCAAUACAUCACUUUCGUAUUUUUUUUUGCUCAAAACAAUGGAAGAAAAAACGAUUACUAAAAUAUACGAAACGGUCAACAAUACACUGAGUUGA